AUGGCUGACAUGCCCAUUGUGCUCGACGGAGGAACUGGUUUCCUCAAGGUCGGAUAUGCUGCGCAGAACUUCCCCGAGCACCAGUUCCCCUCGAUAGUGGGGCGGCCCAUAUUGCGAACGGAGGAGCAGGCCGGCGACAUUGUCGUCAAGGAUAUCAUGUGCGGAGAUGAAGCUGCUGCUGCCAGAUCUAUGCUGCAAAUCACCUACCCUAUGGAGAAUGGUAUCGUGAAGAGAUGGGACGACAUGCAACACCUAUGGAACUACACCUUUUACGAGAAGAUGAAGAUCGAUCCUACGGGCCGCAAGAUCCUCUUGACCGAACCCCCCAUGAAUCCCCUGAAGAACCGGGAGCAAAUGGCUGAGGUUAUGCUGGAAGGCUACAACUUUGGAGGUGUAUACGUUGCUAUUCAAGCUGUGCUUGCACUAUACGCUCAGGGUCUCAGCAGUGGUGUGGUCGUUGACUCCGGUGACGGUGUCACCCACAUUAUCCCCGUCUACGAAUCCACAGUUCUUAACCACCACAUUCGCCGGCUUGAUGUCGCCGGUCGUGAUGUCACCCGUAACCUCAUCGCCCUCCUGCUCCGUCGCGGUUAUGCCUUGAACCGUACCGCCGAUUUCGAAACCGUGCGCCAGAUCAAGGAGAAGCUCUGCUAUGUGUCCUACGAUCUCGAGUUGGACAAGAAGCUCUCCGAAGACACAACCGUCCUUGUCGAGUCCUACACCCUUCCCGAUGGUCGCGUCAUCCGCGUCGGCAGCGAGCGCUUUGAAGCCCCCGAAUGCCUCUUCCAGCCGCACCUGGUGGAUGUUGAUCAGCCCGGUAUCGCCGAGUUGCUCUUCAACACCAUCCAGGGCGCUGAUGUCGAUGUGCGCUCCAGUCUCUACAAGGCUAUUGUGCUCAGUGGAGGAAGCAGCAUGUACCCCGGUCUGCCUUCCCGGUUGGAGAAGGAGCUCAAGCAAUUGUGGCUCACACGGGUCCUGCAAGGCAACCCGGAGAGGUUGAACGUACGUAUUCUCAUUCACUGG